UGACCUCCAGCCUUUAAACACGUGCAUGUCCAUCUCUUGAAAUGGGAUGGACUGUGGGUUAUUUGCGCCUUCACAGCAAGGCUCGCCGUUCGGUGUGCACGUGUACAACUCACAGGGGAGUUGUGGGAAAUAUUUUAUGAAUUUAUCAGGCUACUAAUUUAACGUUUGAAGCCAGUACAGGAGUCAGAAGAAAGGGACAAGAACAGUCUUUUUGUCCAUGUCCACAGUCUGGAGUGUGGCCUAACAAGCACAGUCUUGUCCAUCCAUCACCUGUGUUGGCCUCAGGACUACAAUGAACAUUCAGUCUGCUAUCAACAAAGAGGUCUUCAUCCCUCGUGAUGAGCGGAUGUUGGUGGCAGUGGAGGUGCGGAGGAGGAAAAAGAAAAGGAUGUCUUUCCUGCCUACUGGAGCCAAAGGAGACUAUGCCACAUUCAUCUGUGUUUCAGUGACCAACAAAAGGCCACAUCAGCUCCUUAUUACAAAAGUGAAGCUGUUUGGUGGCUCCUCCUCCUUCACCAGGAGGUCCCAGUGGACGGUAGAGCAGCUCCGACAGGUCAAUGGCAUCAACCCCAACAAGGACAGCCCAGAGUUUGACCUGGUCUUUGACAAUGCUGUGGACCAGUGGGUAGCCAGCUCAUCAGCAGACAAGUGUAUCUUUGUCCAGAUCCUGUACCAUGCCUGCCAGACCUACUGGGAAGGGAAAGCAGGGAGUCUGGGCAAGGCUGGCCGCCGGGGGAGAGCCAGUCAGAGCGCUCAACGUGAGGCAGAACCUGGUCCCAGUGACUCCUCACCAGGCUCUGCAUCCAAAACCCUCCAGGCCCGGCGGAAGAGCUACGUUCCCCCCAGACACACAGAGUUUGUGAACUGCCAAUCCAAACUCACAGGAGAUGCCUGCACCAUGAAUCUGGUCAUCUACCGCUGCAAAGCCUUCUUGAAUCGCUUGAAGAAUAUUAUGGUUGCAAACCAAAGUCGAUCAGCUGCUCGAAGGCAGCGAGUCACAGGGAGCACUAUGGGUAAUGUAGUCCACAGGGUGAACGUGGCUCUGGGGGAGCGUGGAGACAGACUGACUCAUGCUGAGGACAAGACUGUGGAGCUGUUACACAGAGCCCAGCAGUUUGCAGACACUGCUCACAAGCUGGCCCUGAAGUAUUCAAAGUAGAGUCUGUUGGAGGAUGAAUGGAAUUCUUCAGGUUGCUUAAGAUGAAUCCUGUAACAUAAAUACUAACACUGUCUGAUGCAGUCUGGACUGAGCAGAUGCAGCUCACCCCUCACACUCCUGUGUAACUGAGUGCAGCAGAGAUAACUAAAUACUCUUCAAAUAAUCUUUGCUCUUCUUGCUUAAGACUAGUGAUGGCCUCAUGAAGCCUCAUGAAUCAUUUUGUUUAUUUUCGGAGCCCACUAGAUGGC